AUUACGAUUCCUAAAAUAACCGAAUUAAUAAUCUCCUUAAUUAAUUCUAUAUUAUAUUUAGUAAUUGCUAUACUUGAUCGAGGACACUCCUUCAGCUUUAUGCAUAGUCUCCAUCAUCAUAUUUGCGCACAUCCUUCCACCCAAAAAUAAAAAAAAUGGAAACAAAAAGAGGUAUGUUGGGUAAGAAUAUAUUGGGCCAACUUUUAUUGUUUGGAUCUAAAAAACAACACUCUCCUGAGAAUGUCUUAUUUGCUUUGUAAUGGAUCAAGUCCAAUCGAAUUUCUGAAUACUUUUGUUCAGUUGCUCUGUUGUUCAUCAUCGUUCUUCACUUCUCCAUCUAAAACAAGCAACAGAAGAGAGAGAACGCCAUGUAUUCAUGGUUUCGUCGGACCCUCUCGAGAAAUAUCAGCAACGACAAUGAAAACACCCAGAAAUUGGAAACUUCAAAUACUUCCGCAAAUCACAAUAAUACUGUCAGAAAAAUUGAAGAAGAUGAAUUUUAUGGGGUUACUUCUCAAUUGAUUGAAUUCGUCAAAUCAUUAAAUCUCGACACCUUCAAGAAUUUCUCAAUCCCAGAGGAGGAGAAUGGUGGAAUACAGACAACUUCAGGUGGAGUUAGGGUGGAUUUAUCGGAGUGGCAACAACAGCAUGCCAUUAUUAUUCUUUCAAAAGUCAAGGAAUUGUCACAAUUAAGAUACACAUUAUGUCCUCGCCACAUGAAGGAACGUCAAUUUUGGAGAAUAUAUUUCAGCCUUGUUAAAAGCUACGUGACAGAGUAUGAGCUGCAGGCUAUACGGCUUGAUAAGAUCAGAAAGAUGGCGACAGAGAAAGAGAAAGUCUCGGAUACAAACGGAAUUGAACUUGAAAUGACAGAGGCAAAGCAGUCAAGCAGCUCAGCUCCUCCAUGAGAAAAACAUCAGUACAAACAGUGUUUUGUCUCCUAAGAAAGGUACAAUAUGGCUAUAUCUCGUCUUUGUUUCAAGUAACUCAAAGGAGGUAAAUUUUGAAGGAACCAAAUGAGCUGUAUGACCCCCGCUAACAAAUUAACGAUCUGAUGAAAGGUCCAUCUUGUAUUUGAUUCACCGCGAAUACAACAGUGUAUAAACCCCCACACCCAGUUAAAAAUGUGAUUUCUUCUUUUUCCCCCUGUCAUUCUUCGGUUUUUUGAGGAGGUGGGGGAGGUUGAUAAUGGAAAAUGUGUCAUCUAUGUGCAUAUGGGAGUGUUUUGGUCUCCCCACUCUGUCCUGAAAAUUUGUCAUUAAGAAUCACUGCUGUAACAGAUAAACAGGAAGAUUCACAAAUUGAUGUUAUGACAUCAAAGACAAAAAGCUUUCUGUAGUCAAUUCUUCUACCUCAGUUGAGACUGUUUAAUCUUAUAACUGUGUUUGGGGACAC